CUAAAGAAAAAAAAAACAUUUAUCGAUUUGCGACUCGAGAAUUUAGAAACAGCUUCAUUCUCUAAAUUCAAUUUUGUAUCACGAUGGCCCCCUCUAAGAAUGUCACCACACGGAGUGAGACUGCCGUCUCUCUCGUAGACCCUGAUCAGACUCUCAAGGCCUCCAAAUCUCUGCUGGCGCAUAUGAAGAAGGCCUCAUCUCUGAAAGCCGCCAAUACCGAGAAGAAAGACCUCUUGGCCGAUCCCGAUGAUGAAGCCGGUACCAAGGAACAACAGAUCAUCCUUACCCUCACCACCAAACGUCACAUAGCCGAUUCCCGAAAACUUAAGCCCGCUAAGAUCGUUCUCCCCCAUCCUCUCAACAAUGACCCCGAGACAACUAUCUGCUUAAUCACCGCGGACCCCCAGCGCGCGUACAAGAACUUGGUUGCUUCGGAGGAAUUCCCCGUCGAUAUGCGCAAGCGCAUCACGAGGGUUAUCGACGUGACCCAUCUUAAGGCCAAGUUCAAGUCCUUUGAGCAGCAGCGCGCUCUUCUGUCCGAGCACGAUGUGUUUUUGGGUGAUGCCAGAAUCAUAAACCGGUUACCUGCUAUUCUCGGAACGAGAUUCUACAAGACAACCGCGAAGCGCCCGAUCCCAGUUGACAUCCAGGCUCGCGUUCAAAAAGUUGAUGGGAAGAAGGUAAAGCGCACCAAGGACGCAGACACCGUCAAUGCCUGCACUCCCAUUCAGCUAGCCGGAGAGGUCGAGAGGGCUGUCGGUGCGGCCCUGGUCAACCUUUCGCCUUCGACCAACACCGCAAUCCGCGUGGGCACUGCCAGCUUAUCCGCUGAGCAGAUUGCCGAGAACGUCAAUGUGGUAGCCAAAACUUUGGUUGAAAAGUUCGUGCCGGGCAAGUGGAAGAACGUCAAGAGUAUCUACAUCAAGGGCAUGGAAACCGCCGCGCUGCCUAUCUGGUUGACGGACGAGCUGUGGCUAGACCACAAGGACAUCGUUGCCGACGGCUCCGAGGAGGCCAAGGCCAUAUCAUCUACGGAGAAGGCGAAUAUUGGAAAGAAGCGCAAGUCGCUCGAGGGCCAGCCCGAAGAGUCCGAGCCUGUGCCAAAGAAGGUCAAGAAAGCGAAGGCCGCGAAGGCAGUCGAGGCUGACGACUCCAAGUUGGACCAGGAUAUCUCGGACCGAAAGGCGGCGCUGAAGAAGCAGAAGAAGGCUGCCAAGAAGGCUUUGGAAGUGUAGACGUUUUGUAUGUAUGCAUAUGACGACAGGAGUUGGGAUCCCCGUAGCAUGUUCUUACAAUAAAAGAAAAAGACUUCUUCAACGGCGUAUGGUGGGAUGGAUGAAAAAAGCUCGUAGCAGCAAAAGGAAAUUCGGCGAU